AUGGGGGAGCAAUGCUACGGGGCCCAGGUGAUUUUUGAGGAUGUGGCUGUAUACUUCACACAGGAAGAAUGGGCUCUGCUGGAUCCCAGUCAAAGAGCUUUAUACCAGGCUGUCAUGCAGGAGAAUUAUGAGAAUGUGGCCUCCUUAGGGUUUCCUGAUGUAAUAAUAAAGCUGGAAGAAGAGGAAGAGCCAGGCACCCUCGUUCUCAAGGCCUGUAGAGAACAGAAAACCUUCCCAGGUGCCUCCUCAGACUGUGAGAAGAGCUUCAACUGGAGAAAUCAUUUGUUUAUCCACAGAAGGAGCCACACAGGAGAGAAACCAUAUAAAUGUUCUGAUUGUGGGGAAAGCUUUUGUCAGAGCUCUGCCUUGUUUGCACAUGAGAGAACCCACUCGGGAGAGAAACCGUUUCAGUGCUCAGUCUGUGGGAAAACCUUCAAAGGGAAAUCAAACCUUAUUAUUCACGAAAGCGGAUCCCAUAUGGGGGUGAAGCCAUAUGCAUGCUCCAUCUGUGGAAAAAGCUUUGGUCAGAAAACAAACCUGAUCAGCCACGAAAGGAUCCACACAAUGGAAAAACCAUAUACAUGUUCAGUUUGUGGGAAGAGCUUCAAUCAGAGAUCUAACCUUAUUACACACAGGAAGACACACUCAGCAGAGAAACCAUACACAUGCCUGGUGUGUGGGAAGAGCUUCAAACGCAGGUCGAGUCUUGUUAGUCAUGAGAGAAUUCACACAGCAGAAAAGCCAUAUACUUGCUUGGUCUGUGGGAAAUGCUUCAGUCAAAGAUCAGGGCUUGUUACACAUGGAAGAACUCACACAGGAGAGAAACCAUAUGCCUGCUCAGUCUGUGGUAAACAUUUCAGACAGAGGUCAUGGCUUGUGACACAUGAGGGAACCCAUACAGGAGAGAAACGGUAUGCUUGUACCGUAUGUGGCAAAAGCUUUGGCCAGAAGUCAAGGUGCCUUAGCCAUGAGAGAACUCAUACGGAAGAAAAACCCUAUCAAUGUCUGGACUAUGAGAAAAGCUUCAAACAAAGAUCCAACCUUGUUACUCAUGGAAGAACCCAUACAGGAGAAAAACCCUACAUGUGCUUAGUCUGUGGAAAGAGCUUCAGUCAACAGGCGACCCAUAUCAGGCACGAAAAAAUCCACACUGAAGAAAAACCACAUGCAUGUGCCAUCUGUGGUAAAAGCUUCAGCCGUAAAACAAACCUGAUUACUCACGAGCGCAUUCAUUCUGGAGAGAAGCCAUACAAGUGCUCAGAAUGUGAGAAAUGCUUCAGUGACAGCUCUAGCUUUAUUACAUACAAGAGGACCCACACAGGCAAGAAAUUAUACAAGUGCUCCAAAUGUGACAAAGGCUUCACCAAAAGACCACAGCUACUUACACACGAGAGAAUUCAUACUGGAGAGAAACCCUAUAAAUGCUCAUUCUGUGGUAGAAGCUUCACACAAACAUCUAACCUUAAUAGACACGAGAGAACCCACACUGGAGAAAAACCGUAUACGUGCCCAAACUGUGGUGAAGGCUUCAGUCACAAAUCUAACCUUGUUAGACAUGAGGGGACCCAUACAGGAGACAACCCAUAUGUGUGCUCAGCAUGUGGUAAAAGCUUUAAUCAGAAAUCUAGCCUUGUUACCCAUGAGAGAACUCACUCUGGGGGGAAACCCUAUACGUGCUCUAUCUGUGGUGAAGACUUCAACCAAAGAGCAAACCUUGUUCGUCACAGGCGAGUUCAUACAGGAGAUAAACCAUAUAUGUGCUUGGUCUGUGCGAAAGGUUUCAGUCAAAGAUCGACACGUAGUAGACAUGAAAAGACCCAUACGGGAGUAAAAUCACCCAUCUGUUCCAUUGGUGGGAAAAGCUUUAUUUGUAAGACACACCUUGUUAGACAUGAGCAAACACAUUCUGGGUGGAAAGUAUAGCAAUAUCAAGUAUGAAAAGGAUGGAUUUGUUCUAAGCUUAUGAAUCAUGA